UCUGUAUUGGACCGCAUCAAAAUAUUCUAAAUGUAUCCAUCCCACAAUAGAAUUGUCGUCCGGCAAUAUUACAUUGUUUCGAUCCAUUCUAUGAAGCACCCUUAAAAUACAAUAAAAUAUAAUGCUUCUCCAAUGGUUUCAUUUUUUGUUUUUCAAGAUAACAAUUAACGACAACAAAAAAUUGCUUAGUAGAAAAUCAAACAGGAAACUCAUCAGGAAAUGGUUGCUGUUGCCAGUUGUUGAAUUUCACCCCUUCAUAUUUGGCUAUGUCAAUACCGACCAAGACGGCUCAACUUCAACUUCAACUUCAACAAGAAUACAUUCUUCUAACAAUGCCUCGUAGAUUACUUCAACUCCAAGAGACACCUCCUUCAUCGCCGCACCACGUCUCAGGAGCUUUGUACUUUUUCCUCGGAGUGAUCGUAGUGCUUGUCAUAUUGCUCAUUAUUCUCUUUGUAUUCUGGAAGCGUUUUAGACGUGGCAGUGGCAAAACAGAAGAACUACCGGAGGAGACAGCUCCACCACCACCUAGUCAGACACAGAAGCAAGAAGAGGUGAUGAAGAGGAUUAUCCCAACUAAUCAACAGUCAGGAUUCAUGGAGUUCAUUAGUGGGAAUCUUAGGACAAUUAGCUACUUUGAUUUCCAGACAUUGAGAAAAGCCACCAAGAAUUUCCACCGCAGAUAUCUUCUUGGAAGUGGUGGAUUUGGCCCUGUCUAUCAGGGAAAGUUGGCAGAUGGAAGGCUAGUUGCUUGUAAGAAAUUGUCUCUUGACAAAUCUCACCAAGGAGAAAGAGAAUUUCUAGCAGAAGUGAGAAUGAUCACAAGCAUCCAGCAUAAAAAUCUUGUUCGCCUUCUCGGAUGUUGCUCAGAUGGACCUCAAAGAAUACUUGUUUACGAAUACAUGAAGAACAGAAGUUUGGACUUCUUUAUACAUGGGAAGAGUGAUGAAUUUCUUAAUUGGAGCACUAGAUUCCAAAUUAUUCUUGGAGUAGCACGAGGAUUGCAAUACCUUCACGAGGAUUCACAUGUAAGAAUUGUUCACCGAGAUAUUAAAGCAAGCAACAUUCUUCUUGACGAAAAGUUUCAGCCGAGGAUUGGAGAUUUUGGACUAGCUAGGUUCUUCCCUGAAGACCAAGCUUACCUUAGCACUCAGUUUGCCGGAACAUUAGGUUAUACAGCUCCUGAAUAUGCAAUUAGAGGAGAACUAUCUGAAAAGGCAGACAUCUAUAGUUUUGGAGUUCUUUUGCUUGAAAUCAUCAGCUGCAGAAAAAACACAGAUCUCACUUUACCAUCAGAUAUGCAGUACCUCCCUGAAUAUGCAUGGAAACUUUAUGAGAAGUCAAUGGUAAUGGAACUUAUAGAUCCAAAGCUGAUAGAAAAAGGAUAUGUAGAAAAAGAUGUUAUGCAAGCAUUCCAUGUGGCCUUUUUAUGCCUUCAGCCACAUCCAGAUUUAAGACCUGCUAUGUCACAGAUUGUAGCAUUGUUAACAUUUAAAAUUGAUAUGGUUACAACACCAAUGAGGCCAGCUUUCCUUGAUCGAAGGCGCGUAAUGGACGAUGAGAAUCAUUCUUGGGAAGUCAUAUCUGAGGUUUUACAAACUCCUGCAGCUAGUGAUUCUACGUUAUAAUGUAAAAAAACCAAUAUAUGAAUAUCACUGAUCCAUUAUUUCUAUUAAUUAGGAAUUGUAACCUUAAAGAUCAAAGAAAGAAGUAAAAUGUUUGAAGGCUCAAACCAAGAAUGCAUUCACUAUGUGUAUAUAUGUGUAUGUGAAAAUCAACUCUUAUUGGCAUAAAUUUGGCAAUUUUGAAUCUGUCGCCCUUGUCAAGUUAAAUGGAACCUUUGUA